AUGAGAGCCGGACUGCUUCUUCUGCUCAAUCUCGUCCAGCUCGCGACGAGCGCCAACAUCCUCUUCUACGUGUUGGUGCUCGGCAAAUCGCACAUCGAUUUCAUUGACUCGCUCGUCGAGACGCUCGUCGACAAUGGUCAUUCGGUUGAUAUGAUAUUAGCGCGAAUGAAUCCGCUGGUGACGACGAAUGGGACAUCAAAGGUCUCGCGGCGAUUCGUAUAUGAAUUGAAGGAAAACCCAUGGAGCUCGAUACCGCACCUAGUGAAGCCGUUCGAGAAACCGCGACGGACCAUCAACGAUCAUUCGUUCUUCAUCGAGUUGAGCACAAAAUUGUGCGACGCCGGACUAUCGCACGCGGGUCUCGCCGCGUUUCUGCGUGCUCGUCGAUACGACGUCGGCGUCGCCACCGAUUUCGAGUAUUGCGGCACGAGCAUCUUUCGACACUUUGGCGUCAAAUCUGUAGCCACCGUAACCGCGUUGCCACUAAUGGAAAUGCAAAUCAUCAAUGCCGGACUGCCGAGUCCGCCGGCAGAAGCUCAAAUUCUGUUCGAGACCGAAGACUUGACUACGAUAGAAGGCCGCUUCUGGAACCUUCUCCGAUGGACCUAUACGAACUACAUAGUGCAACCAACGUUGGCGGCGCGAAACGCGGAGGUGAUCAAGAAGCGUCUCGACGUCGAUCUCGACCCUCGUCGAAUUCAUCGCGACGUCGAUUUGAUGUUCGUCAACACGAAUGAGAUCAUCGAACGCCCGCGCGCCGUCUCGCACAAAAUCAAAUUCAUCGGCGGCAUCAAUUUGAAGGCGCCGCGACCGCUCGACGACCAAUUCCGGCGAAUCGCGUCGAGACGCGCGCGCGGCAUCGUCGUCUUCUGCUUCGGCACACAGGUCGACAGUCGGCGAUUUCCAUUGGCGGUGCGACGCGCGUUCGUCGAAGCCUUCUCGAAAUUUCCCGAUUACACGUUCAUUUGGAAGUACGAGAAGCAGGCAACGGAUGAUGACGUCGAGAUGUUCAAGAAUUCCACCAAUCUAUUUUUGGCCAAUUGGAUUCCGCAGACGGAUUUGCUAUACGAUUCACGCGUGAAGGGCUUCAUCUCUCACGUCGGUCUCAAUUCGUACCUGGAAGCCUCGUACGCCGGCGUGCCGAUUCUCGCGAUUCCCUUAUUCGUCGAUCAACCCUACAACGCGCUAUCGGGCGAGUCGAUCGGCACAACGUACGUGUUGGACAAGACGAAAUUGAGCGUCGAUAAUAUUGUCAAAGGUCUCGACGCGAUUCUCCAUGAUUCCAAAUACUCAAUAAACGCUAGAAGAAUCGCGAAAAUGCUCAACGUGCGACCGAAUCCGCCAAAACAGGAGUUCGUCAAAUGGAUCGAGUUUCUCGCAAAAAAUCCAAUGCUUCAUAAGCAAUUAAACCUUCCUGGCCAAUCAAUGACGCCAUUCCAUUAUUAUUGUUUGGAUAUAAUCUUUCUAAUAAUUUUUUCAAUUUUCAUUUUCAUUUUUAUUUUGUUUCUAAUUAUUCGACGGGUUUGCACGGUUAAGUUGAACAAAAAUAAAGUGGAUUGA